AUGGAAUCAUCAACACUUGCAAUCCCGAGACAGGCUUCAGAUUCUAAGGACAUGACUGAAUUCUCGGUUCCAGAUCAAAUGGUAGAUCUUGAACCGGGCACGGUCCAUGAGUUGUACAAACCAGUUCCUGGGAUGUGGCAGUUUCCUACAAACCCCGAUCUUUGUUGUAUCUACAGAGUCCCAAACUGUAUGCGUAGCGUAAACCCAGAAGCGUACACUCCUCAGUUAGUUCUCAUUGGACCUCUUCACCAUUCUUUGAAAUUACAAGCUCUCAAGUCUCGUGGAGAUACCAGAGAUGCAAAGUUAAUGGGAUACUUAAACAUGGAGGAACACAAGAAGAUUUACCUAAAAGAAUUCGCAAAAAGGGUUGCUGGGGAAAAAACCAUUGAUGGGUUCAGGAGAGUAAUCGAAGAAAAAGAAGCGAUAAUUAGAGCAAGCUACUCAGAAUCAACGGCUUGGAUUGAACCUCCAGCGUUCGUGGAGAUGGUCCUACACGAUUCUGUUUUCAUAUUAGAGCUCAUGUUGAGGCUUUAUGCGGCAGGAACAGAAAAAACAGGGGAUCCUCUCAUAGACGAGCCUUGUCUUGAACUCACAAUCAAGAGAGAUCUCAUCUUGCUCGAGAACCAGCUUCCUUACUUCAUCCUCGAGAAACUCUUUGAUCCAGUGCUUUCAAUAUUCCACGAACAGACAUUCCGCGAACUAACCAUUAUCUAUUUUGAAUUCCUAGGCAAGAAGGGAAGCGACUCAAAGUUUAGACAUUUCACUGAUUUGUUCAGGUGUGUCCGCGUGGAGACGGUUCCAGAUCAUGCCUUUGGGAGAUUCAAUCCCAUGUACCAAAUGUAUAAUGCGGAUAAGCUAGACAAUGGGGGAGUGAAAUUCAAUGUCGUGGAAGACGAGUUGUCGGUCUUGGUGACAUUCGAUAAAGGUGUUCUAAAGAUACCACGUUUCUUGGCUGAUGACGAUGCGGAGAUAACAAUCAGAAACAUAAUGGCCCUUGAGCAAUGCCAUUACCCAUUCAACGCCCACGUCUGUAACUACAUUAUUUUCUUGGAUUUCCUCAUCGACACGGAGAAAGACGUGGCCUUGCUUGUCGAGAAAAGUAUAAUAAUGAAUGGGGUUGGGCACAAUGGUGCGGUUGCUAAGAUGAUGAACAAGCUCUGUUUGGGAGUCUUGGACGAUGGCUCUUACUAUUCUGAUAUCGCAGAACAAGUCAUCGAUCACUACAGUAACAAGUGCGUUAAGUCACGGUCCAUACUCAGGAACGUUUAUUGCAGCGACCCGUGGAGAGGGACAGCCACUGUAGCCGCUGCGUUGCUAUUGCUGCUGACUCUUAUCCAGACUGUGAGUAUUGAGCUAGUGGUAAAUAUGGGUAUUAAAAAUUUCAUUCUCGUUUAG